AUAUUCUUCGUAAACAACUUGAUAACAAGCUUAGACCCAUCCUAUUACGGAUUUUCAAUCCUCUUGGAGAAAAUUUGGCCACUAGUUAUUGGUGGUUGCUGUAUCUCGUAGCACUAGAGUUGUUUCCACUCACCAGGGACACCACAUAGAAGCAUGUUUGCUUUGUGAAACACAAAAAGAUGAUAAAGCUGAUGUUGUGAGAAUGUUUUAUACUUGGAUAUGGCUAUAUUGGAUAGCCGAAUAAACGCAAUUCCUGUAACUUGAUGCAGAUAUGGCAAUAGUUGGAUAUGGCUAGGACGUUAUGAUUUUCUUGUUAAGCUCGCCUGAAAAUUACAGUUUCUCUGUCAUUGUUGAAUGCAUUUGCUGGGUUCUGUUGCUUUGAAUUGUCAGGUAUGGGGGUGGAAAGACAUGGGAGCUGGGUUGAUAUUACAUCAGGUUUUCUCCAUAGAUGAGCAGAAAGUUGAGCUUCUUCUGCCUACAAUACCUUCAUGAUAGUCAGGUUUGGCCUUCUGGUUGCUGCUUCGGUUGCAGCCUAUGCUGUGAACCAGCGGAAUGCAAAAAAAGCCGGGUCGUCAGCCUCAAGAAACCGGCGUCCAGGAAAUGACGAAGCAACUUUUGAUCAUCAAAGCGAGGCGGAAGACAAAGAGCAGAUUGCAUAUUCUCAUGAUUACCGCAAAGGGAAUGAUGAGGAAGAGGAAGAAGAAGAGGUUAAAUUAAUUAACAGCAUAUUUAACCAAGCUAGUGAUAAUCCUCCUGGUAGCAUUGAAGAUGACGAUAUUUUACCAGAAUUUGAAGAUCUUUUAUCCGGGGAGAUUGAACUUCCAUUACCCAAUAACAAGAUUGAUAAGUCAGAGAAAGACAGAAUGUAUGAAACUGAGAUGGCAAACAAUGCAAGUGAGCUGGAACGGUUGCGCCAACUAGUAAAGGAGCUGGAGGAAAGGGAAGUGAAGCUUGAAGGUGAAUUACUAGAAUACUAUGGAUUGAGGGAGCAAGAAUCAGACAUUGAUGAGUUACAACGGCAGCUCAAGAUCAAAUCAGUGGAGAUUAACAUGCUCAAUAUUACCAUCAACUCUUUGCAGUCUGAGAGGAAGAAGCUUCAAGAAGAGAUUUCCCAGGGAGUUGCAGCAAAGAAGGAGCUGGAGGUAUCAAGGAACAAGAUUAAAGAGCUUCAGAGGCAGAUUCAACUUGAUGCUAACCAGACAAAAGGCCAAUUAUUGUUGCUCAAGAAACAAGUUUCUGGCCUACAGGCUAAGGAGGAAGAAGCUGUUAAGAAAGAUGCUGACAUCGAUAAGAAGUUAAAAGCUGUCAAGGAGUUAGAGGUGGAAGUUGUGGAGCUCAAGAGAAAAAAUAAAGAACUUCAACAUGAGAAGAGAGAGUUGGUCAUUAAGCUGGAUGCUGCUGAAUCCAGAGUAGCAGUACUCUCCAACAUGACUGAGAGUGAUAAGGUAGCAAAAGUAAGGGAGGAGGUAAAUAAUCUGAGGCAUGCAAAUGAAGACCUGUUAAAGCAAGUGGAAGGUCUUCAGAUGAACAGGUUUAGUGAAGUUGAAGAACUAGUGUACCUUCGUUGGGUCAAUGCAUGCUUGAGAUAUGAGCUCCGAAAUUACCAGAUUCCAUCAGGAAAGGUGUCCGCUCGUGAUCUUAAUAAGAAUUUGAGCCCCAAAUCCCAAGAAAAAGCUAAACAGCUUAUGUUAGAGUAUGCAGGAUCAGAACGCGGGCAAGGGGAUACAGAUCUUGAAAGCAACUUUUCACACCCAUCCUCUCCAGGAAGUGAGGACUUUGACAAUGCUUCUAUUGAUAGUUCUACCAGUAGAUUCAGUAGUAUAAGUAAGAAAGCUAGCUUAAUUCAAAAGCUGAAGAAAUGGGGCAGAAGCAAAGAUGACUCGAGUGCUUUUUUAUCUCCAUCCAGAUCUUUCUCUGGAAAUUCUUCAAGCAGGGCAAGUAUGAGUGUUCGACCCAGGGGUCCACUGGAAUCACUGAUGCUGCGUAAUGCAAGUGACAGUGUUGCUAUCACUUCAUAUGGAAUGAUGGAGCAGGAACUUGCAGGCUCACCUGAAACACCAGUUCAAUCAAACCUCAAAAGACAAGCUUCGAGUGACUCACUCAAUUCUGUUGCAACAUCAUUCCAAUUGAUGUCCAAGUCAGUUGAAGGGACUCCAGAUGAGAAAUAUCCUGUGUACAAAGAUCGUCAUAAAUUAGCAUUAGAGAGGGAAAAGCAUAUCAAAGAAAAAGCAGAUAAAGCAAGAGCAGCAAGGUUUGCUGAUAAUUUAAAUGUGAACUCAACCUUUGAGUCUAGAGCCAAGAACACUAUAAUAUUACCUCCAAAACUCACUCAAUUAAAGGAGAAGCCAGUUGUUUCUGGUAAUGCAAAUGACCAAACUGCUGAUGGUAAGGCUGUUGAUUCUCAAUCAAUAAGCAAGAUGAAACUAUCUGAAAUUGAGAAGAGGCCUCCAAGGACACCUAGGCCACCUCCUAGAGCAUCUGGGAGUUCUCCUUCUAGUACAACUUCAAACCCCUCAACUGGUGUACCGCCUCCUCCACCAGGCCCCCCUCCACCUCCUCCGCCUCCUGGUGGACCACCUCGUCCACCUCCUCCACCUGGAAGUCUCCCAAGGGGAGCAGGCAGUGGUGACAAGGUCCACAGGGCUCCAGAAUUGGUUGAAUUCUAUCAGUCAUUGAUGAAACGUGAGGCAAAGAAGGAUACCUCGUCAUUGAUUUCUACAGGAUCUAACAAUACUUCUGAAGCAAGGAGCAAUAUGAUUGGGGAAAUUGAAAACAGAUCGACAUUCCUCUUAGCUGUGAAAGCUGAUGUGGAAACACAAGGUGAUUUUGUCAUGUCAUUGGCAACUGAAAUCAGAGCAGCUGCAUUCACCGACAUUGAAGAUCUUGUGGCCUUUGUAAACUGGCUAGAUGAGGAACUUUCUUUCUUGGUUGAUGAGCGGGCAGUUCUCAAACACUUUGAUUGGCCAGAGGGAAAGGCAGACGCCUUCAGAGAAGCAGCUUUUGAAUUCCAAGACCUGAUGAAAUUAGAGAAACGUGUCACCUCCUUUGUUGACGAUCCGAAACUCCCAUGUGAAGCUGCUCUGAAGAAGAUGUACUCCUUGCUUGAAAAAGUAGAACAGAGCGUGUAUGCACUCUUACGUACAAGGGACAUGGCUAUCUCAAGAUACAAAGAAUUUGGAAUUCCAGUCAAUUGGUUGUUAGAUUCAGGAGUUGUUGGCAAGAUUAAGCUCUCUUCUGUUCAAUUGGCAAAGAAGUAUAUGAAACGUGUAGCAUUAGAGCUUGAUGCGUUAAGUGGACCUGAAAAAGAACCAAAUAGAGAAUUUUUACUGCUGCAAGGUGUACGGUUUGCUUUCCGGGUUCAUCAGUUUGCUGGAGGCUUUGACAUAGAAAGCAUGAAGGCAUUUGAGGAUCUGAGAAACCGUAUGAAUACACAGGCCGGAGGAGAUAACAAGCUGGAAUUACCAGAAUCUUAGGUUUCUUUGUCAUAUUUUUCUUUUAGUUUCUCCUCUAUUUUUCAUUUAUCCAAUCCUUUUCUUCUGUCCAUUUCAUCAUGAUCAUCGAUGUUGCAAGAGUAUCAUAUAUUUGAAUUUGUACAAUGAACAAUAAACAAAAGAAAAAGAGAAUCUUACAGAAUAGUAGCUAAAAAUUCUUCUUUAAAAA